AUGAGUCGCCGAGAUGAUGAACAUACCCCUUUACUGGUCUCCGAUCCAUCUGUAAAUAGAGCCUAUCGUUCGCGGACUCCAUCUCCGAAAAGAGAAUAUUGCUCUUCUUGUCCCUUGCUCUCUCGAAGCUCUACUGAAAACGAAAACGGUGCAUCUUCUACAGUAGGUAAUACCACAACAUCAGACAGCAAACAUAAUUUAGCAUCUCAAAGUUCCUCUUCUCAUCAGAGUUAUAAGGCUACGGAUAACAAUGAACCUGUAUCGUUUAAUGACCCAGAAGACCAAAGCCGAGCGUUUAGUGAUGAAGGCUGUAGUAGAAUAGAUUGUUGCAUGGAUACCACUCCUAGACUUAGAAGGCGGUUGAUUUCACCUUUAUUAGUAUUGCCGUUAAAUUUUAUUAAUGCGUUCGCAUGGGCCAUGAUUGAAAUUCCUCUUUUGUUUCUUCUUCGGCAAGGUCUCUGUGCCAAACAUUAUGGCCUUGAUCCCUCUGGACUAACGCCAGGUGAUCCAAUGUGCCGUCUUCCUGAAAUUACUGCAGGUGUUUCAAAAUAUCGUGCUGCGUUUGGCUCUGUGGCUGCGUUCCUUGGACUAUUAUCCACUGCCUAUUAUGGUACACUAGGCGAUAUUUAUGGCAGAAGACUCGUCUUGAUGAUAGCUGUAUUUUUUUUACUGAUUGGUGAUUUGUUUCUUCUCUAUCAAUCAUAUACAUCAAGUCAAUUUUCUUUCAUUUUACUAUCUGCGUGCUUGAAAGGUAUAGGAGGGUAUGUCUCUACAAUACUUGCUGGACAAAAUUCAUUUGUGGCUGACUGCACUCAAAAUGAGCAUCGAGCUUGGUACUUGGCUUUAAAUUUUGCUACUUACCAUGUUGGCACCGCGCUUGGGCCAACUAUUAGUGGAUACAUUUUGCAAUGUUCUUCCCAGAUGUAUUAUGUAUUUGUUAUAACAUCAAUGUUAUGGACAUUUUAUAUCCUUUACGUUUGGCUUAUAUUACCGGAAAGUUUAAACCGAAGUGAAGACCGUGUUCAAGGCUCUCAUCUGUCUUUGUCCUCAAUUUUAAACACUUGCUUGGGGCCGUUGAAAGUACUAUGGCCUCAAGUUGUAUGUACGGAAGAAAGCUGUUCCAUUCGCCAGUAUGAUGUGAACUGCGAUACUCAUGCUGGAAGAAGGCACUGGGAUGUUAUGCUAGCUGCCGUACUGAUUUUCCUAGCAUUAAUAGGAGCCGGAGCUAUGGCUUUGCUACCAAUCUAUGCAGACUUUCACUUUGGUUGGGGUCCAAUGAAGGCAAGUUUCAUCUUGUUUACAGAUUCGUUUGCCAGUGCUUUUACACUAGUUGCUAUCUUUCCGUUGGUUUCCAAAAUAAUAGAAAGAGUUUUAGAGACACUUCACUCGUCAAAGGGUUUAUUUAAUUAUUUAAGCAGUCGUACAGAUAAUCCUUCUACGUUAGAAGGAAUACGAAAUGUGUUCUCUUACCUGACUCUUCCUGGGUAUACAAAUGAGAAUGUACUUCGAGCCAACACUUUGAACGAAAUAUACACGGUCGUUAAGCGUGAUGUUUGGAACACUAGAUUUAGCUUUAUUGUUGCGAUCUGUUCCUCUGUACUACUUGCUAAGGCCAAAACAGAUGCUUCAUUGUUUGUGGCUGUAAUUGUUCAAGCCGUUUCUAAUAUGCUAAUUCCGUGCGUCCAGUCUAUUGCUCUGAAUGGAGUUUUAUCUGAAUACAACGGGCGAAUAUUAGCCGCGUUUGCCGUCUUUGAAGCUGCCGCUUUAAUUAUAAGAGGCCCUAUGUACGCAUAUAUAUAUGCUGCUUCGGUUGAUACCUCAUUCCCUAAUCUAAUUUUUUAUGUGAGCGCCCUUUUAUAUGUUAUUUGCUUGGUGGUAACUUAUUUUAUGAGACUGUAUAAACCGUUGAAUCGGAAGUAA